GAUCCGAGCCCGGGUCCCCAGAAUGCCACCGGGGAUGGAGGUUUUGGGGUGGGGGGUGGGGGUGGAGGAGAAGGCCUCGAGAGGCUCAGUUCCUGUCGACGUCUCUGCUCACACAUUUGUUCCUCCCCACCAGGGGCCACCCUGAACGUCAUCCAGCUCCUUCAGCACUUCGAGCACCUGGCCCCGGUCCUGGCGCAGUCCGUGGCUACCUGGGCAGGAGACUACGGCCUCCGGUCCAUCGUCGGUGAGAUCAUGAGGGAGGUGGGAGUGGGGGAAGGAGCCCGCGAGUCGGCGGGAGCCCGGGCCUGCGCGGUGUUCCUGACGGAGCUGGCGGAUCGGGUGCCGGAGGCGAUGGUACCCAACGUCAGCCUGGUGUUGGACCUGCUGAACGGCGAGAGUUACACGCUAAGGAACGCUGUGCUGUCAGCCAUGGGCCAGAUGGUGACACGUGUACUAAGCGGGCCCGGCCUGGACGAUGGAGGCAGGGAGACGCGAGACCGCUUCCUCGACACCUUGCAGCUCCACGUGCACGACGUCCAUGCCUUCGUGCGGAGCCGCAGCCUGCAGGUCCUCACCCAUGUCGUCCAGGAGAAGGCACUCCCUGUAAAGAGAUUCCAAACUCUCGUCAGCCUGGCAACCGGGCGACUGCGUGACAAGUCGGUCAACGUUUGUAAGCACGCCAUCCAGCUGCUGGCCGUGAUCCUGGCAAACAACCCUUUCAUGUGGAAGCUCAGCAUCACGGACCUUCAGGCUGCCCACGAGAAGGAAGUGGUGAAACUGACAGAGAUGCGUGGGGAGAAGCAGGUCACAGCCAUGGUUUUGGAGCCGGACCAGGAGUGGGAGGCCAUGCAGCCGGAGAUCCUGGUGACGAUUGAGGAUGUGCUGGGAUCCCGCGGAGUGGCGGGGGCGGACGGCGAUGAGGAGGAGGAGGCCGAGGAAGGACGUGACUUGGAGGGAGAGAGCGUGGCGGUAGGAGAGGGAGCCGACUUGAUCUGCCAGCGUGUGGGCUGUCUCCUGAAGAAGGCCAAGUACAAGCCAGCUGUCCGACUGGUAUUAAAUGCGUGGGAGCAAUUUCCAGACGAGGCCCCAUUUACAACCGAGACCCGGGAGGAUGCUAAGUGCGGACAAACCCGUCCACACAAAGCUGGCCUGCUGAAGGUGGUGGAGGCCUGUUUCAGAGGUCAGCCGCGAGCGGGAGCAGAGCCCCCAGUGUCGGGUGCGGAGGUCAGCGAGCAGCGCCCUCUCGGGGAGACCCCUGAACCCUCCGAGCUGGCCAAGCAGGAGGUGCUGGUCCAGUACCUGGAGGACACCCUGACCUUCGCCACCAGGAUCGAGGGGGCCAUCGAGAUCGUCAGCAAGUUCCUGACGUCCAAGAACCCCUCGGUGGUCCAGGAAGCCAUCCAGUUCUUUGUGACCAUUUCCGAAUUCGGGAUCGCCCAGGCGCUGCCGGGAAUGCGCCAGAUGCUGCCGCUGGUCUGGUCGAAGGAAGCUGGGGUGAAGGAGGCGGUCACGGAUGCUUACAGACGUCUGUACCUCGACACAGGCGGGCACAGCCGGAAGCCCCAGGUCCUGGUACAGCAGCUCACUGCUCUCAUUUUCGAUGCCAGUAUGGAAACCAUUAAAUGUCUGGAACAGCUGGUCAGUGAUUUUGUACAGAAAAAGGAGAUUGAGCCCGCGGUGAUCCAGUUGUUGUGGGAGUGUCUUACGGAGAAGGUGCCGUGCUCACCGGACGAGAGGAGGGCAGCAGUCAUCCUGCUGGGCAUGGCUGCUCGCGGUGAGCCGGAGAUUGUGGGCAGUAACCUGGAGACUCUGUACACGGUCGGCCUGGGACCAUGCGUUCGACAGCAGCAAGACUUCCAGCUGGCCCGAGACAUCUGCCUCACCAUUGGCAAGAUUUCUCACAGCCAGAAGAAGCUGCUCAGCGGCAGCACUGUGCCAUUCCGCCUGCCCCACGAUCACCCACUUUUCACCCACAUCGCCGACACUGUCUCUGAAGGUUUCCCAUCCCGGAGUCCUCACUGGCGCCCCUUCGCCGAGGCUGCCGUCGGCCUGAUCUACCAACUGGCCGAGAACCCGGACCGCCUCUGUGGGGGUCUCCUGGCACGCUGCGCCCGCCUGCUGGCUCAGCGCCCGGCUCCCAGGGCAGAAGAGGAGGAGGAGGAGGUGGCAGUGCCACCCAGUCAACGAUCGGAAGAGGCCUGCAACGGCCAAGCAGACCCUGGGGACCCGAAAGCCGUGACUGCGCCCGCCCACCUGUUGACCAACCUGAUCUCCCUGGUGGGGCAUGUGGCCCUGCAGCAGAUGCUGCAUCUGGAGAGGGCGGUGGGCCCGGAACUGCAGCGUCGCCGACUGAGCCGGGAGCGGCAGGAUGCCAAGGACAAGCUGAAGGGCAAGGGCAAGAGAGCCAGCUGCAGUGCCAUGGAGGACGAGCUAGGCCUGACCGAGGCAUCAGUGGACGACACCGAGGCGGAGUUGGUGCGGAGAAUCUGUGACGUGGAGCUGCUGGACGAACACCAGCUUCUGUCUGCCUUUGUGCCGCUGAUCGUGAGGGUUUGCACCAGCCCCGGCAAGUACAGCGAUGCUGACCUGUGCACAAUUUCCGCUCUGGCCCUCUGCAAGAUCGCCAUGGUCAGCCACGACUUCUGCGAAAGCCAGCUCCGCCUGUUGUUCACCAUGCUUGACAAGUCGGCACUGCCCAGCAUCCGCGCCAACACCAUGGUGGCUCUCGGUGACCUCUCCUUCCGUUUCCCCAACCUCGUUGAGCCAUGGACCCCGCACCUCUAUGCCAGGCUGCGGGACAGCUCUGUGUCCGUCCGCCGCACUGCUCUCAUCGUGAUGACCCACUUGAUCCUGAAAGACAUGGUGAAGGUGAAGGGGCAGAUCAGCGAAAUGGCCGUGCUCCUGGUCGACGGGGAUGAGAGAAUCUCUUCGCUCGCCCGCAGCUUCUUCAACGAGCUCUCCAACAAGGGCAAUGCCGUCUACAACCUCCUCCCUGACAUCAUCAGCCGCCUUUCGGACCCAGACUGUGGAGUGGAACAGCAGCCUUUCGAGCUCAUCAUGAGGCAGAUGUUCAGCUACAUCACCAAGGACAAGCAGACCGAGAGCCUGGUGGAGAAACUGUGUCAGAGAUUCCGCACGGCAAGGUUGGAGAGACAGCACCGUGACCUGGCUUUCUGCCUGUCACUGCUGCCUGCCUCCGAGCGUGGGCUGCGUAAGCUGCAGGAGAACUUUGAAUGCUUCGCCGACAAACUGACAGAUGACGUGGUUUACCAGCACCUGGCAGGAAUCGCUAGCAAGUUACACCGGGGCAUCAAGCCAGAUCUCAAGGUCCUGGUGGAGGAGUUUGAACAAAAGAUCUCCCGCUAUCACAACCGUGGUCUGGACGACGACGAGGUGAUCACCGCCAAGCCUGCACCGGGUAAGUGGGUACAGGCCGCAACGCCGGGGGCGGGUGGCAUGGGGCGCCUGACCAACGAGCGACAACACCCCGAGGCUGCGCCGUCUCAUAACGUCGCUCACAGCCUCUCGAAAGCAGCUCCUCACUCCCGAGCCAUGUCCGUCUGGUCG